AUGGCCAACGAUGAAUAUGAUUUCCUCUUCAAAGUGGUCUUGAUCGGAGACUCCGGUGUUGGUAAAUCCAAUUUGCUCAGUCGCUUCACCCGUAACGAGUUCAACCUCGACUCCAAGUCGACUAUCGGUGUGGAGUUCGCGACUCGUUCCAUUUCCGUCGACUCGAAGACCAUCAAAGCACAGAUCUGGGAUACUGCUGGCCAGGAGCGUUACCGUGCAAUUACCUCUGCUUACUACCGUGGCGCUGUCGGUGCCCUUCUUGUCUAUGAUAUCAGCAAGCACCAGACCUACGACAAUGUCAACCGGUGGCUGAAGGAGUUGCGAGACCAUGCCGACUCGAAUAUUGUGAUCAUGCUGGUCGGUAACAAGAGUGAUUUGCGGCACCUACGUGCGGUCCCCACCGAGGAAGCCAAGCAGUUUGCCAGCGAGAACAACCUGUCCUUUAUUGAAACAUCCGCCCUCGACGCUAGUAACGUCGAACUCUCCUUCCAAAACAUCCUCACAGAAAUUUACCGCAUUGUCUCGAGCAAGGCCCUUGACUCCGGUGAGUCAGGCCAGAAUCAGCCUGGUGACCGCCGUCCAGUGAUCGAGUUUACUCCACAGGACAAUGAGCAGAAGCAGGGCUGCUGCUAG